CCCAGUCCCUCGCAAUGCCAAAUCGAGCACCAUAUUGCGUACGCUUCCCGACCAAAACAGUAGGCGAUGCUCUGUUGUCAUAGUCAAUCGUGGUUCGAGGAACUGGAUAGACACCAAAAACUAUUGUAGACCGUGAAUCCUCCCCUAACCACUGGUCCACCAAAUGUGGCGGCGAAGGAUUAUAGCGCGAGAUUACGUCGUACAGUAAAACCAUCGCCUUCCUCGUACUUUGCUUUCUGUUCCAGCCAUGAAACUCACCGCCGAUCUCAUAAACAACUCGCCCAGCUUCAUAAACCCCAUCAAGGACCGCGAGCUGGACCUGUCUAGGAACCACAUCCCGCUGAUUGAGAAUCUGGGCGCCACAAAGGAUCUGAACGACGCCAUAAACCUCAGCAGCAACAACAUCCGCGUUCUUGGAAACUUUCCAUCGCUUCCUCGACUGCGGUGCCUCUACAUUGCUGACAACCGGAUCGUCUCGAUCGAGAGCAGCCUCGGCGAGUUCCUGCCGCGCCUUGAAGCACUUAUCCUGACAAACAACGAGAUCAGCGAGCUCAUCGAGCUUGAGCCCCUCCGUGGGCUUGAGAACCUGACGAGUCUGUCGCUGGCGAACAACCCGGUGAUGCGCAAAAAGAACGCCCGCCUGUGGUGCAUCUGGCGGCUGCCGAAAACGCUGCGGGUGCUGGAUUUCGAGAAAGUCAAGGAACAGGAGCGGGAGGAGGCGAGGCAGCUAUUUGAAAUGAAGGGCGAACUGACUGAGGCGGCUAGGGCGAUCCUGGCAAUUGAGGGGACGAAGGCUAAUACGUUUGAGCCGGGAGAGGGGCUCGAGGAGGAUGAGGAAGAGGUGGUGGUGGACGAGCAGAAGAAGCAGGAGAUCGAGGAUCUCAAGGCAAAGAUCCGCAGCGAGAUGGCUCAGGUCGAGGCCAUCGAGGAAUUCAUCUAG